AGAGGACUAUCUCACAAGAUAGGUAGACUGGAGUGAUCACUGAGGAGAUAGAGUCCCAGCAUGUGAAGUGGUACUGAGAGACAGAGCAGGAAAUGGAAGUCAAGAUUCUGAAUCCUUAACCCCUUCCAGCUCUGAAGCUUGAACAAAAUAAAACUCAUCCAGCUCCCAGCCCAGUGCCUGGCACACAGGCGUCUUCAAGGCACCUGGUACCUUCUCCUCCAGCCUCCCAGCAGCAUGGCUUUCACCGGCAAGUUCGAGAUGGAGAGUGAGAAGAAUUAUGAUGAGUUCAUGAAGCUCCUCGGGAUCUCCAGCGAUGUCAUCGAAAAGGCCCGCGACUUCAAGAUCGUCACGGAGGUGCAGCAGGAUGGGCAGGACUUCACUUGGUCCCAGCACUACUCCGGGGGACACACCAUGACCAACAAGUUCACUGUUGGCAAGGAAAGCGACAUACAGACAAUGGGGGGCAAGAAGUUCAAGGCCAUCGUGCAGAUGGAGGGCGGGAAGCUGGUGGUGAAUUUCCCCAACUAUCACCAGACCUCAGAGAUCGUGGGUGACAAGCUGGUGGAGGUCUCCACCAUCGGAGGCGUGACCUAUGAGCGCGUGAGCAAGAGACUGGCCUAGGCAUCCAGACCCGGCCCAGGGAGCUACAAACCCGCCAAUAAAACUGAUAAUAAGGACAGAUGCU